CUGAACACCACCUGAUACAAACUGAAGUUCUCUGAACUUUCUGCCAAGAAAGCAGGAGAAGCAACCAUGUUCAGUGCCAAGAGACUUGUUCAAGCCGCCCUGGCGAGGAAGCGGCUCACGUCGACGCCGAUGAAAGAGACCGAAGGACCGUGCUGCACGUCGACGUCCGUGGCCGGAAAGGGUCACUGCGUCUUAUACUCGGCCGACGGCCGGAGGUUCGAGGUCCCAUUGGUGUACCUCGGCACGCCGGUCUUCGCGGAGCUCCUGAACAUGGCGCGGGAGGAGUUCGGGUUCACGAGCGACGGUGGCAGGAUCAGGCUGCCCUGCGACGCCGCGGUGGUGGAGUACGUGAUUUGUUUGCUCAGGCGAGAUGCCUCGGAGGAGGUUGUGAGGGCGUUCUUGAGCUCCAUGGUCUGGCCUUGCCACACUGUCAACGGCAUGGCGCCAUCGAUGGGACUCAUGCGCCACUCAGCUGUUUGUGUAUAGCUCAUUAAUUAGCUCGUGAUGUAUAUUAGGUUCUU